CCGCUUAUCUCAGUGUACUCAGUCUCUAGCUGCAAGGUAGAGAUCAGAGUAUUUCUACUCUUAUGGAUCAUGUCAAUGCAUUCCGCAGAAAACCUGGACUCUUCAGUGUGCCCCUUCAGAAGAAUAUCACCCAUUUUCCAUCAUGCAAGGAAAUCGCAACUGGGAUGGCUGAUGUUCUUUUGCAGCUUCUUGGAAAUUUUAUGUUAGAUAUCUUAGCCGAGUUCAUUGCCGAUUUUGAAAGUUCUCAGUUAUAAAACGCAUGAAGUCAAAAUAUCACAACAAAUUGGAGAACACCACCCUUGGCUACUAUCCCUGACUUGCCUCUAUGAAGACUGAUGUCCACAUUUGGACUCUAGUGCAAGGAAAACCUUUUCUUCAGGGAUCUUACUAAGAGUUUCAUCAUGACAACAGAGAAGAGUCUAGUGGCUGAGGCCGAGAAUCCUAAGCAACAGCAGCAGCAAAAAGAGGAGGAGGGAGCUGCUGACAUACAGAAGCAAGAGGCGUCUCUGGAGGAGGCUUCCCAACAGGCAUCGGAGGGGCAUAAUCAAACGGGACAGAAACAGAAGGCAUCCAACGGCGAUACCCCCACACACGAAGACCAGAGCAAGAACAAAGAGCGCUGCACUUCAGAGAGUCGGGGGCUGUCACGCCUGUUUUCAUCAUUUCUCAAAAGGCCCAAGUCUCAAGUUUCUGAAGAGAGCAAAGAAGGGGAGACUCCACAAGAGAAAGGUGAAGGAGGUCAGAAAGAGACAGAUCUAGGAGCCAGUCCUGAUGAAGAAAUCCUACUGAAGGCCCCAAUAGCAGCUCCUGAACCUGAACUCAGGACUGACCCAUCUUUAGAUCUUCAUUCACUAAGCAGCGCAGAAACACAGCCUGCUCAGGAGGACAGGAGAGAAGAUCAAGACCCAGAGAGCAGAGACCUUGAGAUUAAGGAAGGAGACGGAGUGCAGGAAGAGUGUUCCAAGGCAGAGUUGAAAAGAGAGAACCCUGAGACAAAAGCAGACCAAGAAUUAAAAGCCACCCAGAAAUCAGUAAGAAGACACAGAAAUAUGUACUGCAAGGUUUCCUUGCUGGAUGACACCAUUUACGAGUGUGCUUUGGAUAAACAUGCCAAGGGUCAGGAUCUGCUUAGAAAAGUAUGCGAGCACCUCAAUCUUCUGGAAGAAGACUACUUUGGACUGGCCGUAUGGGACUCUCCAACUUCCAAGACAUGGUUGGAUUCUGCCAAAGAAAUAAAAAAGCAGGUUCAUGGAGGCCCCUGGAACUUUACAUUCAAUGUGAAGUUUUAUCCACCAGAUCCAGCACAGCUGACAGAGGAUAUAACGAGGUAUUAUUUGUGUCUUCAGCUUAGACAUGACAUUGUUACAGGGCGUCUGCCUUGUUCCUUUGCGACACUGGCCCUGCUGAGUUCUUACACAGUCCAGUCUGAAUUGGGAGAUUAUGACCCGGAGUUACAUAGUGCAGAUUAUGUCAGUGAAUUUAAACUGGCCCCAAACCAGACAAAGGAACUUGAAGAAAAAGUCAUGGAACUACAUAAAACAUACAGAUCCAUGACUCCAGCCCAAGCAGACCUCGAAUUUCUUGAGAAUGCAAAAAAGCUAUCGAUGUAUGGAGUUGACCUUCACCAAGCCAAGGACUUGGAGGGAGUUGACAUCAUUCUGGGAGUCUGUUCCAGUGGCCUUCUUGUCUAUAAAGAUAAACUGAGAAUCAACCGCUUUCCUUGGCCCAAAGUGCUGAAGAUUUCCUACAAACGCAGCAGCUUCUUCAUUAAGAUCCGGCCAGGGGAGCACGAACAAUAUGAAAGUACCAUUGGAUUCAAACUACCUAGUUAUCGGGCAGCUAAGAAACUGUGGAAAGUCUGUGUUGAACAUCACACUUUUUUCAGGCUAACUUCCCCUGAAGCACUUCCCAAGAGCAGAUUCCUGGCACUGGGCUCUAAAUUCCGUUAUAGUGGACGGACGCAGGCCCAGACAAGACAAGCUAGUGCCUUGAUUGACAGACCUGCUCCACAGUUUGAACGAACAGCAAGUAAACGGGCCUCUAGAAGCCUUGAUGGAGCUAAACAUACGUCUCAAAAAAUUGAGGUCAGACCUAUAUUGGAGGAGAAGCAGGAGGAUGUGGUGAUGGUUGAGAUUCCAGAAUCAAAACCUGUGGAACAGUUCGGAGAGAAGCCAGCCAAACAUACUUUUGAAAAUAUUGAGAUGAAACCAAUAGCAGAAGAAGAGGAAGAGGAGAAAGUGGAGGUGUUUAAGGUUACUGUUCCAGAAUCAAAAUUAAUGGAACCAUUCCAAAAACAGCCAGUUAUACAUGUCCUUGAAAAUAUUGAGAUAAGCCCAAUAGACGAAGAUGAGGAGGAAGAGAAAGUGAUGACGAUGAAAGAUCUAGAACUAGAGCCCAAAUUUCUGGAACCAGUCCAAAAGGAGCCAGCAGUAGCGGUGGUUACACCUGACCGAAGCCCACGGCCCACCUCUGCACCAGCCAUUGCUCAGAGACAUGUUGUUGAACCUACCCCACCAGCUGCAUCAGAUACCAAGGAAAUAGUAGUAGUCUCUAAAGUGGAGAAGGAAGCUGUGGAAACUGAGGGAAAGCAUGAAGAAAUGCUACCUGAGAAGGCGAAGAUGGAACCAUCUGAAGUGGCCAAGGUGGGGAAAACGCACAGCGAGGUCACGUUGCCUACCACAAAUGGUGACCAGCCCCAGCAGCCUGCAGAAAAAGAGGAAGAUCCGAUAAGAAUGAGGAAGAAAAGAUCAAAGAAACUAGAUGGUGAAAACAUUUAUAUCAGGCAUAGCAAUUUAAUGUUGGAGGAACUAGAUAAAACUCAAGAAGAAAUAAAGAAACAUCAUGCUAACAUCAGUGAGCUGAAGAAGAACUUUAUGGAGUCCGUCCCCGAGUCCCGGCCUAGUGAAUGGGAUAAGCGCCUGUCUACUCACUCCCCCUUCAGAACAUUUAACGUCAAUGGGCAGGUCCCCACCGGAGUGGAAGGAAGUCUGUGUGACUUUCCCCCCAAAACGGAUGUGGAUGCAGUGACAGAGAGGAAAAGUACUAACCCUGACUUUGAAUUGGUGGGCCCAAAGCAUUCAGUAGCCUGUAGUGAGAACCAAAUGUCAACUCCACCAGAGUCUUUACAAAGUCAUGACUUUGGCACUUCCUCCCUAAGCAGUGAGGAGGAGGAGAGAGCUCCUGUAUUCCUUGAGAGCCAGGAUGACCUAACAUAUGAAAAGGGUUAUGCAGGUGUGGAAAAGCAGGCAGAUGACUCAGAUGAGCAGUCUGUGGUGGAGACCCCUACAAUCUCUGUUUCACCUCCACUGCAUCCCUGUCAGAGAGAGGAGGAGACAGAGAAUGUUGAAGAAAAUUAUUUUACAAGAGAUCCACUUAGAAAGCUAAAUGGAGAGUGUCACAACUGGAAUAUUGAUAAUGGGCUUCCCACACUCAUUCGCUGUUUUCAGCCACCCCUAGUGAAGACUCAGACAGUUACCAUCUCUGACGUGUCCAAUGCUGUGAAAAGUGAAAUUCCAACAAAAGAAGUUCCCAUUGUUCACACAGAGACCAAGACCAUCACCUACGAAGCUGCACAGACAGAUGAUGGCAAUGGGGACUCAGACCCUGGAGUCCUGCUCACUGCUCAGACCAUCACGUCAGAGACCACCAGUAGCACAACCACCACACAGAUUACAAAGACUGUAAAAGGUGGAAUUUCAGAGACAAGAAUUGAAAAAAGAAUUGUCAUCACAGGAGAUGCAGACAUUGACCACGAUCAGGUUCUAGUACAGGCCAUCAAAGAAGCAAAAGAGCAGCACCCGGACAUGUCGGUGACCAAGGUCGUUGUCCACCAGGAGACCGAGAUUGCUGAAGAAUAGCAAGGCCAGGAGAUGUUUCUCCCUGCCUGAGAGAACGCCAGAAAGGGAGGAGAGAGCGGUAGGGGAAAAACGGCAGAGAAACUACCUGGAGCACAAAGACCACAGAUUUACAAGCUUUGCUGUCAAUAACUGAACAUUCAUAUCACUCGGAGUUACGCUUUGACAUUUACUUGGGAUUUUCCAGAAUAUAGUGGAUCCUUUUGAAUAUUUUUAUAUUGUAAAACAGUAUGCCAUACUUCUCACUGUACUGAAUGUUUUUUUUUUAAAUAGGUUUUCAGUUUUGCAUUCCCUCAUGCAUAGCCUCCAUAGGUCCUCACAAAAGGGUUGGUUCUUAAGUCUUAUUCCUUCAGAUAUACUGGGGUUAAGCCACGCUCAUGCAUAUCUUAGAAACUGCACCUUAGAAUAACAGCUGUUUGAAAACCCUAGUGAUUGAUGGGGCCUUCUGCCAGAAGAAUCAGUUUACUUAGAUGUCCGUGUGGCAUUUCUACUUGCCUCUUGCGAUUGGCUCUAGAUAUUUCCAGAAAACUCCAAGUCUCACUACCCAAGUGUUUCUAUACCUUUACUCUGCAUUUCCUUGCUUUUAUGGGUUUUGGUCCCUUGAUGUUGUUUGAACAUAGUGUGUGUGUGGGGAGGGGGGUGGGGUUGUGGUGUAAUAUUCACACAUUUCAGUAGUUGGCUAGAUUAAGGAAUACUGGAAGUUGCUUCACAUCUCUCUUAUACUGUGAAUUCUAGAGCAUUAAGAGAACUGUGACAGGGCACUACCCCUUCCUGCUCCUCAGAGACUGCAUUUCUACUGAAUGCUACCUACCUAUUUUUGCUUUCUAGAUGCCAUUUAAAUAAGUCUAUUGAAGUGUGUGGUUAAGGGGUUUGGGCUCUGAAUGCUAUAUGGUAGGCUAUGCAUUAUUCUCAAUAGUUGA